AUGGCCUCUUAUUGUUUGAUUCAUUUCGAUGGAGAAAGUGGACAGCUUGCACGCUAUACAGAGUAUGCAUACAAACGGGUUUUAGAAUGUAGAGAGAUUUGGAAGACAUUGGAUGGAAAGCAAAGAGAGGUAGCAGAGAAUACAGCAUGCUUUGACGAUAACGAAUGGCAAAAUCCAGCAGCUGGUUACCACAGAGGAUGUUAUUCGAAGUUCACAAACAAAACGUCAAUAGAAAGAGCCAUAACUCGGUGCGGGAAGGCACAGCUGGUACCACAAGAUGAUUUAAAACUUUUAGAUGACGAGGCAACUGAAACCUGUGGUAAGUAGGUAUUAUUAUUAUCAUUGUCAUUGUCAUUAUAUUAUUACAAAACUAUUAUUAAACAAAGUUUCCUUAUUAUUAUUAUUACCACAAGAUGAUUUAAAACUUUUAGAUGACGAGGCAACUGAAACCUGUGGUAAGUAGGUAUUAUUAUUAUCAUUGUCAUUGUCAUUAUAUUAUUACAAAACUAUUAUUAAUUAUUAUUAUUAUUAUUAUUAUUAUUAUUAUUAUUCUAAUGAACAUUUAAAGUAACUAUUUCUAUAAAUAAGUAGCAAUUUUUGUAUAUAAAAUUAUAACCAUGCAUGUAUAAGUGAUUCAAGUAGUCAAUUGUAGGUUACCUCAAGAAGUGAGAUUUACAAUUGUAUAUAUCUAUAAAUGUUCUAUUAAUAAAGUUUUCAUUAUUAUUAUUAAUACUUACAUAAUGUUAUGAUUGAGCUCUUUUUUAAUUUAGAAACGACCCACGCAUCCGAACCGUCAAAGAAAUUAUUGCGAUCAGCAGUAAACGCAUCAAGCAAAACAAAAUCAAAAUAUGUGCUGGCUCCUGUGUGCAUCAUUUGUAAGAAAGAAAAGUCUUUUGUGACUGACACGGUAAGUAAACGUAUUUACUGAUAAGCAUGGUAAUUAAGGAUAAUGACGUUGGUGACGAUGAUUUUUCCCUUUUUGGUAGAACUCUCGAAAACGAAAGGAAGAUCAGUUGGUGAGUGCAGAAACCAUUGACGGGGGAAGAUUGAGAGAAGCAGCUACAAGAAAAGGGGACGAAAGUAUCCUUUUACAAAUUGCUGACAAGGACUGCGUGGCAUUAGAAGUGAAGUACCACAGACAGUGUUAUCAACGAUACACAGAAUUUGUAAGACGCCCCGAUAUAACAGAAGACGAUGAUGUUCGUGCUAAGUGCAAAUACGAGGAAUCCUUUAACGUUUUUUGUGAACGGUUUGUGAAAGAAAAAUUAAUUGACAACGAGGAGAUUUACUACAUGAAGAAAAUUGAAGCGGAAUUUGUCAGAACUGUUGCGACGGUUGAGAACUGUGAUGCAUCGGGUUAUAGGAGAUUUCGCUUGAAGGAGAGGUUGAUAGAAAGAUUUCCCCAGCUGGUUUUUCAUACACCGUAUGAACGCAACAGAAGUGCGAUCGUCUAUGCUCAAACUAUCUGUCAAGGUGUCGUGGCGGAACAUUACUUAGAUGAAGAAAGUCAAACGUCGCAAAGUGAGAUGGAGAGUGAAGAUGAAGUCUUGGAUGACACGUUGUUAAAGAACCACGAAAACGUGGCUACACUGAAAGAGGUUUAUAACGUUGCGUGUACAUUGCGAAACACCUUGCGUUCUAGUACACAAACCUGGUAUGAGAAUUGGCCGCCACUUUCAUCCGACAUCACUGGAGAAAGCGUUAGGAAGUUAGUUACGCCACUCCUUUUUAAUUUCGUUGCAUGGCUCCUUGGAUUUUCAGAAGACCCACAAGCGUCGGAGUAUGUUGAAGUUAACGAAAAGCAAGCCGUGAAGAUCUUUUCUAUAUGCCAGGAUCUGAUUAACGUUUCAAGCAAGGGGAAAAUCCAGACGCCCAAGUCGCUAGCAUUAGCAAUGACUGUUCGACAAAUUACCGGCUGUUCAAGUCUUAUUAAUAUUUUAAAUGGUCUUGGACAUUGCAUUUCUCUGUCUUCGACAAUGGCCUACGAUUCUGCGCUUGCACAGUUAACCAUAAAUACGUCGAAUGUUAUCCCAAGGAACUUUGUGGCAGAAGAGUAUGUUAACCUUGUGUAUGACAAUAUCGAUUUUGGCGAAGAGAUCGCAAAGCAAACACAUGUCACAAAUGGGAUUAUUAUCCAAAAGAUGACCGUAAAGAUCGACAAUGGUUUACCACAUUCCACUGUCAUCAAGAAGUCGCAACGAACUGUGGAAGUGCCUAACUGUGCCAUCGCGGAAUACAGCCUUGGAACAAAAAAGACGCCAACCUUCCAUGAAAUCCAGCAGGACGCCCAGCCUAUGUCCAUUGCAUUGAGAGACGGUGCAGGAAGAACAGCCUACAAGCUCGAUUUGGCUUAUGUCCUCAGCAAAAUGGUUUGUGCCACUGACGAAACACCACUACCGGGAUGGACUGGCUUCAACACCAUGCUUCAUGAAGAAAUACCUGAUGUACAAAGCGUGGGUUACCUUCCAGUUAUUAAUGCAUCGCCUACUGAAUAUUCCACCAUUAAAGAAAUUCUUCAACGAAGCAAGAGCAUCGCAGAAAAACUGAAGUUGAAGUACGCUGUAUUGGUUUUUGACGAGGCUGUAUAUUCAAAAAUCCAACACGUUCGAUGGAAAGAACGCGAAUAUUAUGACAAGUUCGUCGUACGGCUUGGUGAAUUCCACACCAUCAUGUCUUUCCUGUCUGCAUUGUCGAAGAUUUUUGAAGACGGAGGACUUAAGGUAUUACUUCCCCAUGUUUUCUUUCUAAUACAAUUUCAAUCAAUUUUUCGAAUUUGCUAUUAGUUAACUUAAAGAAAUGGAAACUAACUUUUUCCAACUGGGGGUACUUAAAAUAAAAUACCACAUUGUGUUAUUUUUUCUAUAAAUACCACUAAUUAGUUCCGAUGUCAGCAUUGCUGUUUCUUGAACUUUUACAGACGUUAAAGAAAUUGUUUGGCAAGGAAAAUUAACUGAAAUUGUAUUAAAAGGAAAAAUUACUUGUUCUCAAAGAAUUAAUGAAAAAUGACACUUGUGUUUAGCAAAAUAUUGAUAAUAUCGCUCGUGUUUAACACGCGUGCGAUUUUUCAUUAAUUCCUCUCGAAUCGUGUUAUUUCCUGGACAGUGUCAUAAUAGUAAAAUAAAAACUUUAUUUGCAGGAUUUGUUUAUCGAGUCUGGGGUUGUAAGCGAAGGGUCCAUCAAAGGUGUUCUCAGUGGAAAGCAUUACAACAGAUCCAUCUUUUGUCAUAAAAUUGUUUACGAAGCUAUGCAACGUCUGCGCUUUGAAGCAUUUCUGGAGUACCUUACAGAUGGCGAAAAAGAAGACAGAAUCAUGGAUCUCGUCAGUGAUAUAUCCGAUGCCUUUCCUGACAAAACUUUUCACUCCCUUGUCGAAUGUCCGGUGUUCGAAGAAAUCACCAACGAGUACGAAAGGUUCAUCAUUGACGCAUCCUCAAAGUCACGUACAUUUGCUUUUUGGACCAUGUAUAUCAAAAUGACCGGUGAGUUCAACCAAUAUAACUACUCUGUUUUUAUAUUUACCAUUGUAAUUGUGUGUUCUCGUAGGGCAAACGAUUGUUCUACACGCGCGUAGUAGAGAUUUGGGAACUUUAGCAACGAGUACGACGAGAUUCCUGCAUUGUAUGGUCCGCGCUGACAUGAUAAACUCGUAGUAGCUUCCCAUUUCAGCGGAUUUUCAUGCCAUGCCAUGCAUACAAUGAGGAUCUCAUAACUGUACUUCUUCUAAAGUUCGCAAGUACACAGGGCAUACAAACAGGCAAUAAGCCCUUUCUAAACGUCCUAAUUUUAUUAUUUAUUUAAUAUUUAGGGAUUUUAUUGAUGUUCAUAAGAGGAACCAGAGUGAUUGAUUGGGAUCUUCACUUAGCAGCAUUCCGAGCCAUGAUACCUUGGUUCUUUGCGUGUGACCGUACCAAUUAUGCAAGGUAUGGGUCGGCAUACUGGUUGGAGAUGACAGCGUUGGAUCAAACACAUCCAGGUUCGAUUUUAUUGGUUGUUUUUCCAGUUGGUCAUUUUUCGGUCUUAUUGUAUAUACUUUUCUUUUUGAUAAUUACAUAAUAUUCCACAUUGUCCUUAUUUCAAUAGGAAUCCUACCGGAAAUUUCGUCAAAGUUUGCUGUGCAGCGACAGAACAACCAUGGUUUCUCAGCUGUAGCCUGUGACCAAACAAUCGAACAAACUGCAAACCGAGACUCAAAGACAAAAGGUGGUCUGAUUGGGUUUUCCAUGAAUCCAGGAACCGUACACAGAUGGCUGUUGUCACAGUCGGAAAGAGCAGCGAUUACGAGAAAAUGUAAUUACAUGGCAGGAAUGGAAUGUAAACCAAGGUAAAAAGAAGUUAAACUGUUCAUUCAUGCAUAUUAUAUACAAUCUAAGAAUAAUUUGGUAAAACAAACUUUUCUAUUUGUAAUACUGAAAUUUGCAUUUUAAGGUCAUGUACCUAUAUUUUCCUUUCUUCGAUGUUCAUGUUACAGACAACGUAAAGAUCUUGAUGAAUCCAAGUGCAGACGUUAUGAUAAAUGCGUACAAGACGUAGUGGCAACCGUUGCCCAAAUGGCCAACCCCUUUGAUGUCGAACAGGAGGAGCUGAUAAGCUUGGCAAGCGGAGAAGUGCUCGAAACAACUGCUGCAGAUCGACUUCUAAACGCAGAGCAACUGGGUGAGGAGCAAUUUUUGAAGUUUAUGGAAGACAAUUUGUUUUCUGAGGAGCCAAACAUCUUUGCUAAAUUGGAAAGGAACAAGCUUCACACGUUCACGUCCGGGAAGAAAAAUGCUGUUAAAGAUUGCAAAGGCAAAGAAACCAGCAUUAAAUUGAACAGAAAUUUUUUUGCUCGGCUUUUAGUCAUUUCCAAAAAUCGCGAAAUUGAUCUGAAAGAGGUACUCUCCUACAGUCUUGGCUCUUUCCCAUUGUCACUUGCCACACCAACAGGAGGUCUUGUUAAAACGGCGAAGUCUAAGCUGCUUGAAAUCGUUGAAAGUGAAGCUGGAAACCCUGAAGUUGAUAUCCAUAGCUAUCAGAACAACGCCCUUAUAGUUGACGCAAUGGCUAUUCUCCAAAUUAUAAAGGGUAAGUUAUAUUAUACAAAGCGAGGUUUUGUUGCGUAAAAUUGAAGCAAGAAAGUCUCGACUGCUAAAACAUACGCGCGGUCACUUUAUGGACAUGAACAUUCUACCUCAACCCGCACAUUUACAUUUUACUUUUCAAAAAAGGCCAUCUUGUGAUAGGGUAUUAAAUACGGCUUCUGUUCAAACUAUUAUAACGUGAAAGUACAGUUUAUUUUUCUUCUUGAUAUUAUGAAAAAGGAAUGAAACCACAAUUUGGAUAGGAACGCCACUAAUAUGAGAAAACAUCAAAAUGAAUGUCCAAUUUAUUGUACAAUCCUUUGACUUUUGUCUUUGUUUAAUAUUAAAGGUAAAUGGAAAACCUUUGGCGAAUUGUCUAAUUCGAUCUUUCAAAUGCUUAUCGCACUUGCACAACAAUAUAAUGCUUCAAGGUUAGAUUUCGUGGCAGACCGCUACCCAGUAUUGAGCAUUAAGAAAGCUGAAAGAAGCAGAAGGGCUGAGAAAGGUGUGCAAAGAAUUCAUAUAUUUGGUAAGGAGCAGACAGUUCCAAAGCAAUGGAAAAAAUUUAUGAGCUGUGGGGAAAACAAAGAAUCACUGUUGGCGUUCUUAAGUGAACACUGGAGGACAUAUAAAACUUCCCAAUUGCAAAGCAUUUCCAACUUGUACAUCACGUCGAAAGAAAAAUGUCAUGUUAUUUCUCCGGGUGCAUCAACUGACGAGGCUGUUGUAUGUUUCGAGUGUGUUGAGCUGGAAAGCAAUCACGAAGAGGCCGAUACCCGUUUGCUGCUGCAUGCCAAACAUGCCAUGGAUACGUGUGGUUCAAUGAUCAUUAAGAGUCCGGAUACCGAUGUUUUCAUCCUUUGCAUCGCAAUGCAACCAAUGCUGGGCCCAAAGAACCUGUUCUUCACGACUGGUACAGGGAAGAAAUUUCGCACCAUACAUAUCAACGCCGUUGUCCACGCUUUAGGUGAAGAAUUUUGCCGUUGUUUGCCUGGCUUUCAUGCUUAUUCAGGUAAAAAUAAAAGCAACUCUUUAAAUAUAAGGCAAUUCAGUUAUAUAAAUGCUACUCAGUGUAAGUAAAAUUCCUAACUCAUCCAUACACGUAAAUUGUCAAUUAUGUUAAUAAUUGUCAAUUACGUUAAGUUUAUAUACGUUAAAUUUAUUUUUUUCUGGGACUGUCGUGUGGAUUUUGUUUAUUGGAAUUUUAUUUAUAUGUUGUACACUUUUAAGAAGUGAUUGCACAAGUUCCUUUUACGGAAAAGGAAAAACUACAGCAUGGAAAACGCUAAUAAGCCAUCCACAAUUCAUUGAGACCUUUUCCUUGCUUGGUAGCAGUUUCCCCCCUUCUGACGAACUUGUUAGUGCGCUGAAUACGUUUACGUGUCUUUUAUACGGGGAUUCGAGCUCCACGGAUGUAGAUGAAUGCAGGUACGCCCUAUUUAAAGCUGGUAAAUGUUCAGACGAAGUUUUGCCACCAACGCGCGACAGCCUUCUAAAACACGUCGAGCGUGCAAAUUAUCAGUCAGGUGUAUGGUAUCGGUGUCUAACUGCCCAAAUGGUCAUCCCUUCCCCAAUUGGAAAUGGCUGGAUGCUUUCACAUGAAGGAAUAGAAAUCCAAUGGAUGACCCGUCCUCCAGCACCAGAUUCUUUGCUGGAAUGUACCACUUGCAAGUGCAAAACGGGGUGCCAAAAUAUGCGAUGUUCAUGUCAGAAAGGUGGAUUAAAGUGCACGGAGUUGUGUUCUUGCGUUGGCUGUCAGAAUGGUGACGUUGAUGAAGAUGAAGAGAAUAGCCAAAAUGAGUCCGAUAAUGAUGAAGUUUCUGAUGACGGCGAUCUUGAAGACAUAGAUGACCUUUGA